AUACACCCCCCCGUCACCACCCAACACCCCACCCCCUCCAGGAUUUCAACGAUGCACGACGCAUUUGCAAAAAUUAGCACCAAAUUUUACCAAUGAUGCGGCGCGGGUCGAUGGCAAUGGUUGGCGGAGGCGAGCCGCUGAUCGUGGUGGAGGAGAGUGGUUCCGAAGACGCGGAGUCUUCGCCCAAGUCCACUGCGCCAACCAGAGGACUAUCCGUUGACCAGGAGUCACUACCAGACCCCUUCCAUUUGUCACCGUGGCUCGAGACUCGCAAACACAGCCUGCCGACACCAUCGUGCACAUCAGGCAUUACUGCUAGUCAGGUUCGCCGGCUAUCUGAAAGGGGCGAUGAUGCAUCUCUUGAAGCCUUUGAGAAAAUAUUUUUAGCAACUCUAAGCCAGCAGCAGGAACCGCGGUCUGAUGGUCGCAGACAUUCCGUGGUGGUAAUAUCGCGCGUGCCGCCGGCGAUGUUCGGCGCCCGUCGUCGAGAGUCUGUCGGAGAUUUUCCCACUAAGAAACGUGGCCGCAGAGACUCGGACGCGAAAAAAUGUCCACCAGCCCUCGAAACACUCGGCAGUACCCACAACCUGCAACUGGAUAUAAUGGAUGAUAUUGUCCAAGCCCGCAAGGUGCGCAUGCGUCUCUGGAACACCUCCAAUGAACGGGUGUGUGAAGUUCAGCCAUUGGACGAACGUUCACCAAUGAGCGGCUCCGUGCGCUACACGAAUCGCGGACGCAGGCAUUCCGACUUCGUAGGCUCACCGCUGCCCCCACUACCAGCUCGCCGCAGGGCUUCUGAAAUGCCCCCACCACCACCCAUUCCGCCACGUAUAGGCGCAGGGGUAGUCUGCACCGAUACUGAUCUCCAUCACAUGCUCAAUGCACUCACCUCCUCGGCCACAGAAAUAGACCGCUGCGGAAAACCAGAGCGCGAACGAACAAGGCGCCUCGCAGACAUCCGCUCCAGCAGUUUUGAUGCCUCUUCAUUUAGAGACAAACCCGCAGAUUCAGGCACUACUUGGUUCGCAAGGCGGCAUCAGACACUAGAGACGAAGAAAAAGGAAACUGAAGCUAAAAAGGGCAAAGUGACGUUCGCACCAGACUCAAAACCAGGUGACGCCGCAGCGGUAGUAUGGGAUCGCCCAUCAGGAUCUGUCGUCGACGCGAGUGCUCUUGGUAGUGCCAUAGAAGUGUUUCUUCGAAAGAGCGGAGCUGGGGAAGCUGGGCCGUCAACUUCAGGCUCACCAACUGUGAAGGAUGCGAAGGAUAUUCGGCCGAAAUCGAGAGACAUUCCAGGACCCAGUAAACCAGCCGGGCGUGCCGAUGGUGAACGUUGGGUUGCCAACAGGCCUGAGGAAGAGGAGGCUGCGGAAGGAUGCGAUGCCACUCUUUGCAGGUCGCUAAAAGAUCUUUUCGUGUAGAAUGUCGUUACGAUUGAAUUCUUGUAAAUUAAUUACCUAUAGUUGUCAAGUAAUGACUCGUAUUUAGAUAGCGAGAGAGCGGUGCCCUCGUGCGCACUUAUUGUACUUUAUGAAUCUUUCAAUGUGAUAGACCACGCGCCGACGCCGGUCGUCCUGUCGACUGACGACCGACAUCUGCUUCGCGUGAAAUUAUUUUUAGAGUAAAUUCUAUUUUUCAUUGUAAAUUUUUUGAUAUUAGCGAUCAAAAUAUUGACUUAUUGUUAGAUAGAAAAUUACAUUCGUGAUUGAGGGCGCGCGUUUUCCACGCCGAGUGCGAUCCCCCUCCCCCGCGCGCUCCGCCCCGCCCCGUCUCUACCCGCAAUCUGUGUCUUGUAAUCCAGUGUUACCAUUAACAAUUAACUUUAUCAUAUAGCAGACAAUUAUUGAGGAGACGUCGGGAGAA